UUGCCAUCCAUCAGUAGCCUCUGAACUGGGCACAGAUGGGUCCUCCAGAUGCCUUGGCCCUGGGAUGCAAAAGCUGCUGCUGGGACAGGCAGGUGGCCAGAGAGGUGAAAGCACAGCCUCUGUGGGCUUGAUGGCCAGGAGUCCCUCCCCAAUCUUUGUCACUGUCCCAGGGCCUGGUGUGAGGCUUGCUCAGCCUGAGGGCCAUGUCAGCAGAGGCUCUGGGGUGACACCAGCUUCCCUGUCUGACACCAGAGAGGUGCACGAGGUGCCUGUGCAGCAUCAGGAGAGUGCUGCUAGUGACAAACCAGCUCCUGUCUCCAGCUUCGGGAUGUUUAAAAUUCAGGGAGCCACAGAAGCUGUGCAAGUGGGUGCAGGACAGAGAACAACUGCCUCCUUCAGCACCACUCCUGCACACCCUGCUCUGCCUGCAGCUCCGUGGGGAGAAACACUGCCAAGAGACCAAAAGCCUUGGGAGCCCUCUGGUGUAGCCAGGAGCACCCAGGUGCCAGAAGGACAGCAAGGGAAACACGCUGAUGUGUCAGAGCUGGGCCCUCCCUGGGUAACCGAGUACUUUCCCAUCAGGAGCUGCCACCUCAUCUUCCGGGGUGGGUCGGGCCUGUUUUACCUCCCGCUGCACGCUGACAUCAAACCCAACAUCUGGUGCAACUGGACCAUCUGGGCAGGCCCCCAGAAGCACAUUGUCAUCUAUGUCCAAGGGUUCCAGGGCAGCCAUGGCUGUGGCCACAACCAGGACAAGAUCAUCUUCCAGGGGGUCUCGUCCAGCGUGGAAACCAAAGUGGUGUUUGCCUGCCACAACCGAGGCACUCUGAUCUUUGCCGCACGAGCCACUGAGGUCCAGGUGUUGUUUCUGUCAGGCAGUGGCUUCAGAAACCAUGAAUACAGGUAUUUUAGAGGCCAGUAUUAUGUAUUCAGAGAUUCUGAAACUGUGGGUCUGUCAAGCAAUGCCACAGCAGCUCCCCAGGAGACCUCUAAAAAAGAGAGCGGGAGGACAGGGGUGACCAAAGGUUUAUUGUUCAUGCCGACAGCUCCUCCAGGCCCACCAGCUGCACCUGCAGAUGGCAGGAUCCAGCCUGACAUUGUGAGCUCAAAAGAAGAGAGCCAGCAUUCUCCUGAUCUCAUGGAAGAUGGUCAGUCCGGUGCUAACCGGAGUGAGCAUGGCCAGGAUGAAAUUAGGCUGGAAAGGAACCCUAAGGAUGGUGGCAGCAAGGGCAGAGAAACUGAAGAUGACAUGUUGGUGGAGCCAGCUCCAGCUGGGCAAGACACUGGGGGUAAAGCUGAGCCACCUGCCCUGGAGCUGGCCAAGGGGGACACCGAGCCAGAGACUGCUCUGGUCACCAUGGUCCCAUGUCACCCAGCUGGCUCCCCUUGCUCACAUCUGCCCAGCAGCAGUGUAGGUGUCUCUGACACAUCACCUGCCCUGGGUCAGGCCAGUGGCAGCCCCUCAGAAGUGGCAGCUGCUGCACAUGUCACACAGACACCAGAGCUGGCAGAGCCACCACUGAACACCAGCACAGAACCACCUCUCUACCCCUCUCCUGGUGUGACUGCUGCUGAUGUGGUGUCUCUGGGAGGAAGGACUGAAGAGCUCUUUGAUCUGAUGUCAUCUGUGGAGAAUGACACAGGACUGCAAUCCCAGCACCAUCCUGGAGAUGUGCUGUUUGAAGUCACUGUUGAAAUCAAAGCCAAGGACUGGAUUCCUCAUGGUGGAAACGAGUUCCAAAGGGGUCUUCUUGAAUCUCUGAAGAAUCACAUCCAGAAGAACCUGAAGCUUUCUGCCAAUAAAGUCAGUGAAAUAAAGUUAAGGGGUAUCAAAAGGACAAGAGAUGCCAACCUGCUGCUCACCUUCUGGCUGCACCUGGAGCCAGAGGAGAGGAACGUGUCUCUGCUCCUGCACAAUCACCUGGAGUUGCUGCUUGGCUCCUCAGUGGGCGUGGAGAAGCUGCAGCUGGUUUCACUGUUCGUCGAAGGUGAGGUUUGGAUCCCAAAGCCAAGUAACCGAUAAGCAAAUGGAUGCUUCUGCUUUCUUCCCAGUUUUUCCAGGAGCAAGGUUUUGAAGCAGGCAGGGCAAACCUCAUCUGGCCCCAGAGCACUUGGACGUGAACCAUCAAGUUAGGGCAGAAGAUAUGGAGGCAGUUCCUUGUGGGAGACCCCUCAUUCUUUUUGCACAUACUUCAUCAGAAAAGCCAAGAAAAGUGGGAGACAUCUCAUUCAA